AAAUCCCUAUUCUAGAUCAGCAGUUUGACAGCGCAGCCCGUUGCCGGAAGUGACGUUAAACAAAGAUGGCGGCGCACACAAGCGGUGCUAAGCUAUGUUGAUGUUUUUAAUAACUUUUAGAAAUCGCUAUUUAUUUCUGUUAUCAGGAUUUAUAAACUGGUGUGAAAUCAAGAGGACAACAUUACGCCAUGAAAAAUGUUAAAACGGAUUUAUUUAUUCACGUAAAAAAGCCGCGAGAUGUUUAAGAGCAGCCUGUAGAUAUUGUAUUAAUGCUAGUAGGUCAUUACACAGGCGUGUGUUUGUUUAUAUAUAAAUAUUAUAAUAAAUAAGGAUGUGGAAUCAACUCGUUGUGAAACUAAUCCACGAUGCUCCUCAUUAUCUUGGCGGAUUUUGUCGACGAUGCAUCAAGUUCGCACCAUGUGUUGGUCCAAAUGCCAGCCCUGGAAGCUCCACACCGCUGGUGCCCUCUGGCAUCCACAGCAGCUGCGUCUCAAACCGACCGUGGAGAAUUUUAUUCUUCGGGAGUGAUGAUUUCGCGGUCGAGUCUCUGAAACGGCUUCAUGAGUCCCAAACAGAAGGUCCUAAUGGUGUGGUGGACUCUCUGGAGGUGGUCACCCUGCCCCGUAAUGUCCCCGUGCGCAAGUUUGCUGAGCAGCACGAGCUCAGGAUUCAUGAGUGGCCCCAGGUGGAGUCCAGGGGGCAGUUCGAUGUGGGAGUGGUGGUCUCGUUUGGCUGCCUGCUUCAGGAGCAGCUCAUUAAUACAUUCCCAUAUGGGAUCCUGAACGUGCACCCUAGUCUCCUUCCUCGCUGGCGUGGACCUGCACCUGUUUUUCACACAAUUCUGCAUGGAGACAAACUCACUGGAGUCACAAUCAUGCAGAUCAGACCGAGGAGGUUUGACGUUGGUCCGAUACUCAACCAGGGGCUGUAUGAGGUUCCUGAGAAGAGCACGGCUGAUGAGCUCGGAGGCACGCUGGCUGCUCUGGGAGCUCGGCUGUUAAUCGACACUCUGAGAAACCUUCCAGAACGAAUAGCAAAUCGGACAGAGCAGGCCAGAGUGGGGGCAACAUUUGCUCCUAAAAUCAGCUCUUCCUUGAGUUGGCUUGUUUGGGAAGAGCAGACGUGUGAGCAGAUCGAUCGACUCUAUCGGGCCAUAGGGUCUCGGGUUCAUUUGAGAACAAUCUGGAUGGGACAUGCAAUCAAACUGCUGGACUUUGUUGGGAAUUGCGAUGUGCCGUUAACGGAAAUCUCACAUUCCUCUGCAGUCCCUGGGUCCAUCCACUAUCACAAGGAAUCGAACACGUUGUCAGUCUGCUGCAAGGAUGGCUGGGUUGGAUUCAGAACUGUGAUGUUAAAGAAAAGAUUAUCAGCGGCAGAUUUCUUUAACGGCUACCUUCACCGGAGCGUCCUGAAAAAAUCGCCGUCCCACAACGACUGCCGCUUUCAGAGCUACAGAGAAAAAACGGGUUCUGCCUCGUUUCUCCGGAACAAGACGAGUCGUUAAAGACUGUAAAGACGCAUGAGAAAGUCUGUAAUUUAUUCAUUACAGUGUUGAAAUUAUUGUCUGUUUUAGGACAGUGAGACAGAUGUGAUGGCAGAUGUGUUUGCACCACUGUAUUAUGACUCAAUAAUAACACUCAGUAUGUAUAGAGAUCAA